CAGCCGUGCGGGGAGCGGGCGGCGGCGGGCGAGGCAUGGCGGGCCGCGGGACGCCGGGGGAGAAACGCUGGCAGCUGGUGCGCUGGUACGUGCAGGAGGGGCGCUUCCGAAUUGAGGAGAGGACGCUGACCGCCUUCCAGUGGCUCUACAGCCCACAGCAGCACCGCAUCCUCGGCCGAGCUGACCUCGAGUCUCCCUCCCGGAUCGACAAGACCAUGCUGGCAAGCCUGAAGGUCAAGAAGCAGGAGCUGGCCAACAGCUCCGAUGUGGCCCUGCCGGACCGGCCGCUGUCCCCUCCUCUCACGGCACCUCCCACCAUGAAGUCGGCGGAGUUCUUCGAGAUGCUGGAGAAAAUGCAGGGGAUCAAGCUGGAAGAGCAGAAGCCGGGACCCCAGAAGAACAAGGACGACUAUAUCCCAUACCCCAGCAUCGACGAGGUUGUGGAGAAGGGAGGCCCGUACCCCCUGAUUGUCCUGCCCCAGUUUGGGGGCUACUGGAUCGAGGACCCGGAGACCGUGGGCACGCCGACCUCGCUGGGCAGCAGCAUCUGCGAGGAGGAGGACGAGGACGGCCUCAGCCCCAGCACCUUCGGCUACAAGCUCGAGUGCAAGAGUGAAGCCAGGGCCUACCGCAGGCACUUCCUGGGCAAGGAUCAUCUAAACUUCUACUGCACCGGGAGCAGCCUGGGGAACCUGCUCCUGUCCAUCAAGUGCGAGGAGGUGGAGGGCAUUGAGUACCUGCGGAUUAUCCUCAGGUCCAAAGUGAAGACGGUGCAUGAACGGAUCCCCUUGGCUGGCCUGAGCAAGCUGCCCAGCAUCCCGCAGAUUGCCAAGGCGUUCUGUGAUGACGCAGUGGGACUGAAAUUCAGCCCUGUCCUGUACCCCAAGGCCUCCCACAUGAUUGUGUCCUAUGAUGAGCAUGAUGUCAAGAACACAUUCAAAUUUGGGGUCAUUUAUCAAAAAGCCAAGCAGACGCUGGAGGAGGAGCUGUUUGGGAACAACGAGGAGAGCCCCGCUUUCAGGGAGUUCUUGGACCUGCUGGGGGACACCAUCACCCUGCAGGACUUCAAAGGUUUCCGAGGAGGCCUGGACGUGACCCACGGACAGACGGGGGCGGAGUCGGUGUACACGAUAUUUCGGGACAGGGAGAUCAUGUUCCACGUCUCCACAAAGCUGCCCUUCACCGAGGGCGACGCCCAGCAGCUCCAGAGGAAGCGGCACAUCGGGAAUGACAUUGUGGCCAUCAUCUUCCAAGAAGAAAACACACCGUUUGUCCCAGAUAUGAUCGCCUCCAACUUCCUACACGCCUACAUCGUGGUGCAGGCCGAGGGCCCGGGCACGGACACCCCAGCCUACAAGGUCUCGGUCACCGCGCGGGAAGACGUGCCUGCCUUUGGCCCGCCUCUGCCCAGCCCCCCUGUUUUCCAGAAGGGCCCCGAGUUCAGGGAGUUUCUGCUCACCAAGCUCACCAACGCAGAGAACGCGUGCUGCAAGUCGGACAAGUUCGCGAAGCUGGAGGACCGGACGCGGGCCGCCCUCUUGGACAACCUUCACGACGAGCUCCACGCGCACACGCAGGCCAUGCUGGGACUCGGCCCGGAAGAGGACAAGUUUGAGAACGGGGGCCACGGGGGGUUCCUGGAGUCCUUCAAGAGGGCCAUCCGUGUGCGCAGCCACUCCAUGGAGACCAUGGUGACCAGCCAGAAGAAGCCGCACGGCGGGGGCCUCCCCGGCAGCCUCAGCGGCGGCAUCUCCCACAACAGCGUGGAGGUCACCAAGACCACCUUCUCGCCUCCGGUGGCGGCGGCAACUGCGAAGAACCAGUCGCGGAGCCCCAUCAAGCGGAGGUCGGGGCUCUUCCCCCGUCUGCACACGGGCUCUGAAGGCCAAGGGGACAGCCGGACACGGAGUGACAGUGCAUCCAGCAACCCCAAGACUGUGGACGGCGGGCACUCUUCGCAGGAGAUAAAGUCCGAGACCUCGUCCAACCCCAGCUCCCCGGAGAUCUGUCCCAGCAAGGAGAAGCCCUUCAUGAAGCUGAAGGAGAACGGCCGGGCCAACAUCUCCCGCUCCUCCUCCAGCACCAGCAGCUUCAGCAGCACGGCCGGGGAGGGCGAGGCCAUGGAGGAGUGUGACAGUGGGAGCAGCCAGCCGUCCACAACCUCGCCCUUCAAGCAGGAGGUGUUUGUCUACAGCUCGUCCCCAAGCAGCGAGAGCCCCAGCCUGGGGGCGGCCACCACGCCCAUCAUCAUGAGCCGGAGCCCGACAGAUGCCAAAGGCAGAAAUUCCCCGAGGUCAAACCUGAAAUUCCGCUUUGAUAAGCUCAGCCACGCGAGCUCCAGUGCAGGUCACUAAUGCGAAGAGGAGACUUCGCCUGUCAAAGGGAACCCCGAUUCUGUCUUGGAGAAGGCUCCGAUCCCAGCAGUCUGGGGGUGCCAUUCACUACUCUGACCGUCACAGGCCUGUGGCUCCGUCGGCCACCUGCUCGCCAGACCGACCAGCUACCUGUCCCAGUGCCCCGACCGGCACAGCCCCGCCCGCUCCUUUGCCAAGACACCCUGCCAGCCCCUCGCCCUCUCUGGACAAGGCCUCAUUCCUCCGGGCUUCCCUUCUCCUGAUCCCUCACGUGCUGUGUGUCUGGGUCACUUGUUACCUCGUUUUUGUCUGCGGCAGCCAGCGUUGGGUGAACGGGGGGUCUUGGUACUGGGGACUCAGAGAGCCGAGAGGCCGAGCCUGGUGGGGGUGGGGGGAGAGCAAAGGGUCCUGCGAAGAGGCAUUUUGUGAGCUGGAGGGAGCACUUUUCCAGGAGCCGACUCUGUAGCUCCUUGAAGAUGUCGGCUGGUGGAAGCCAGCUCUGUCGCUCCCACGUUUCUGGAGCUCCCAACAUCUGUUUGCGUCUGUGCUAGGAGCUUCUUCCCCCCUGCCCACAGCAGCUGCCGGCCGGGGCCUCUGUCCCUGCUGCCUGGGCCUGGCCUGGUGAAGCUGCCCCAGGGCUGGGCGUGUGGGAGCGGCCUCGUUCACGCAGGCUCCCGUGGGGUUGCUGUGGGAGAGGCCGGAGCCAGUCUCUCCUUUGGAGCAGAUGCUUUUUCCACGGAGGGGUGGGUGCCAGGAGAGGAGGCGCUGGGAGGGAGCGAGGCAGUGAGCGCCUGGGCCUCGGCUGGAGACCCUGAGACCCAGGCCAGGCCAGGAUCCCUGUCCCUGCUGGUGGCGGAGGUUCGUAGGUUCGUUGGUGAGAGCGGGGAGGGGAGAUGGGAGGACUCAGGUGCAGUCAGGCCUUGGCGAGGAGGGAGGACUCAGGUGAGGAGAAGGGGCAGCUCCUUCUGCGUUUAUGUUCUGGGAUCUCUGGGAUGUCCAGUGCUGCCUGGGGGCUGUGCCCUUUGUCUGUCAGGCUCAAUCUCCGACCCCCUCUCCUCUCCCCCUUUCCCACGGCGGGUG